CAAGGUUCAGGAGGGCGUGAGGUUGGAGCGGUGGAAGGAUCGACGGAAGGGCUAGCUAAAGCUAACAAAGGGGCCAGCUAAGCCUCCUUGGGCGCGCUAAGCAUUCAGCUGAGACGACAUCCGCCCAAUGCGCGGAUGGCUGCCGACGUUACCUGCGCUAGAUCAUAGGUUCCUGCGUAAAACAGAGAUACAGUAGCGCUUGGUGCCCGUGCGUUGCGAGUGCGACGGCUAGGACGCGUUCGGUGCUCCCGAAUCUUCGUCAUGUCCGGGCAUUGCGGAAGACGGGGCAGGCGGUGCAGAGUCGACUCCAACCACGACGCCGUCGCUGCGAGUGGAGCCUCUCCCUUUUCCCUCCGCACACUGCUGAGAACGACUUCCGCCUGGACGAUUUGCAACCACAAUGCCGUCCGACAAGUCGACACCGCAGCCCUUCUCGUUCACCCCGACGGAAAAAUGGGAAGGCGACGACGGGCCAUGGUCGACAUUUUCCAUCGAGGUCGGCACUCCGCCGCAAGGCUUCCGAGUCCUGCCAGCCACGAGCGCGUCCGAGAUCUGGAUACCGUAUGGACCGGACUGCGGAGGCAUCCUUGCGAACGUUGCCGACUGUGGAAUGCUACGAGGCAUCGACAACUUCAACAACGAGCCGAGUCGGGGAUUCCAGCCUAAUGCAUCAUCAACUUGGGAACAGAUCGGCAUCUACGCGCUCGCUGGAGGCAAGAAUCUGUGGACCAACUCUACGACUUAUGGAUUGUACGGUUACGACACCCUCACUGCUAAUCAGUCGACUUCUGGAGAGCCGAUCACAUUCCCUGCGCAGGCCGUCGCGGGCGUUGCAGCAGAAGCCGUGUGGCUAGGCAGUCUGGGCAUGGGCAGCGCUGUGGCACAGUUUCCCAUAGAGAGCGAAGACAGUCCGAGUCUACUGGACGCAAUGCUGGAGCAGAAUCUCAUUCCAAGUUCAUCCGCUGGAUACACGGCAGGCGCAGCUUAUCUACAAUCUCCCGGCAGCCUCAUUUUCGGAGGCUAUGACCAAUCCCGCAUUUCACCCAGCAAUGUUACUCUACCAGUCGGCCAAGGGGUAGGCCAACCGCUUUCGCUCGUCAUCCGGAGCAUCAUCGCCGACAACUUGCCGGACGGUACUCUAUCGCUACUUCCAGACGACCAGGCAAUUUUCAGCAGCAUCAACUCCAUGGUCGCGGGCCUUGGCCUACCGCAAGGCGUAUGCGACAUGUUUGCCAAAACCUUCAACCUGACAUACGACCCGUCCACCUCUCUAUACCUAGUCAACGACACCACCCAUCAAACCCUACUCCAGCUCAACCCAUCCAUAACAUUCACGCUCGCAGAAUCCGACGCCUCAACAGCAACAACAAACAUCGUCCUCCCCUACGCCGCCUUCGACAUCCAAGCCGGCAUCCCCCUCUUCAACCAAAGCACAAACUACUUCCCCAUCCACGUGGCGCAGAACCAAAAUCAACAAGCCCUAGGCCGCACCCUGCUGCAAGAAGCCUACGUCUUUGUAGACUGGGGCAGGCAGAACUUCACUAUUGCCCAGGCCAUCCAUCACCCAGCCGCGCCCGAUAUCAUCGCGGUCUCAUCAUCGCAGGUACAAAAUGGGAAGCCUGCGUACUCCGACGGGAUGAUCGCCGGCGUGACAAUAGGCAGCUGCGCCUUCGUCGCUUCCGUCACGGCGCUGCUGAUGUUCCUGUUCUUCCGCAGACGCAGACGGCAAGGUAUCCAACGGCGGACGCUCAUCAAGCCGAUAGCAUCGCCACCCUGCGAGAUGGGCGAAUCGGAAGGCACAUUCUACGAGAUGGGCGAGGCGGAAUUCAAGCACGAGCUGAUGAGCACAUCGCUGGCCGAGCUGGCCGGGAGUCCGACGGUCAUGGAAUUAGACGCGAACAGGCGCGAGAAGCCGCCUCAUGUGGAAAAAGGCAUAGUGCUGAUCCAUGAGCUUCCAUGA